AUGGUUAGUCAUGGUUAUGAUAUGGCAUCUCAAUGUUGCAUUUGUGAAAAUGCUGAGGAUAACAUGCACCAUCUGCUCUGGGAAUGUGAUUUCAGCUCAAACAUUUGGAAUUGGUUGGUGGGCAUCUUUCAAUUUGCAGUUCCUACAUCUUUUGAAGAUAUUUGGAAAAGUGCAAUAAAUAAAAGUCCAUUGGUUCAGCAAGUCUGGAUCAUUGCAACCUGCAGUACAUUGAAGGAGUUGUGGUUUCAGAAGAAUAGAAUUUUUUUUGACAAUAUUAAGCCAAACAUCUCCUCCUUCAAGAGUAGAAUAAUGAAGAUGGUUUUUGAAAGUGGGAUGAGAAUAACAGGGAGCAAAUGGGACCAGAUUUAUGAUCUUAAUCUUAUUACUUUCUUUAAUCUGGGUCCAAGGAAAUCUAAGAUUCAGUAUAUUAAGCCUUGUUAUUGGUUUGCUCCUGAAGUUGACUUUACUCUACUUUGUUGUGAUGGAGCAUCUCUUGUAAAUCCAGGUGCAGCUGGUCUGGGAGUUGUGGUUAGAAACCAUCUUUGUCAGGUAAUGGGUGCAAUUUCUGGUGGUUUAGGCACUGCCAUCAAUUACAUAGCAGAAGUAUAUGCAGUUGUGGUAGCUGCAGAAUUAGCUGUUGAUUGGGAGCUUCAGAAGAUUAUCAUUCAGUCAGACUCAAAAACUGUGCUAAAUCAAUUUGCAUGUAAUCAAAUGCCUUGGUUUAUAAAGGUCAGAUGGUACAAUGCAGUUAAAAAUCUCACUGUGAUCAGAUUUGUUCAUUGCACCAGAGAAAUUAAUUUCUCAGCUGAUUGUGCAGCUAAAAGAGAAGCAAGACUGUUAACAGGUGAAAGAAAUAUUUACAUUGGAAGACCUACCUGGUUAGGGAGAGUAGAAAUGCCAGAGGUAGUGUAUUACAGAUUCUGUUAA